AUGUGUAUUAACAAAUGGGAGGGGAAGGGAGAGGAGAACGUGGUGGAGGAUGGGGCCGAGUCUGUGGUCGAGUCUGUGGUCGAGACUGUGGUCGAGACUGUGGUCGAGAAUGUGGAGGAGAUGCAGCUGUCGGGUAAAACGACACAAAGAUUAGUGAAGAUUGUAAAAACCAAAGGUUGUCGCAAUUUACAGGGUGACCUUGACAAAUUCUACAAGUGGAGCUCAACAACCGGAGACAAUAACGGAUCCGAGCGGACGCCGAUCCUCGCUCCUCAUGCCGAGAUGGGCGUCCGCAUUACAGAUGGGGAACAAGCAGGCAUCGAUUGUGAAGUUAAAGACUAUGUCUUUAACAACAUGUUAAAUAGAGAAUUAGUUAAACUUCACCAAAGACAACUGUCCCCGGUAUCAAGAGACGGUCCCCAGGUUACAGGGACGGUCCCUGAGAUCAAGAGACGGUCCCCGGGAUCAAGAGACGGUCCCCGGGAUCAAGAGACGGUCCCCGAGAUCAAGAGACGGUCCCCGGGACCAAGAGACAGUCCCCAGGAUCAAGAGACGGUCCCCCAGGAUCAAGAGACGGUCUCCCAGGAUCAAGAGACGGUCCCCACUAUCCAGAGACGGUCCCUAGGAUCAAGAGACGGUCCCCAGGUUACAGAGACGGUCCCCAGGAUCAAGAGACGGUCCCCAGGAUCAAGAAACAGUCCCCAGGAUCAAGAGACGGUCUACCAGGAUCAAGAGACGGUCCCCAGGAUCAAGAGACGGUCUCCCAGGAUCAAGAGACGGUCUCCCAGGAUCAAGAGACGGUCCCCCAGGAUCAAGAGACGGUCCCCGGGAUCAAGAGACGGUCCCCCAAGAUCAAGAGACGGUCCCCAGGAUCAAGAGACGGUCCCCAGGAUCAAGAAACGGUCCCUGAGACAAAAACAAAGACCGUCACCAGCUCAUUGA